AUAAACCGAGCUGUAGUAACAGUGGUGCUGAAGUUUUCCUGAUAUGCCUCCCAGCUGCGAAGAUGACAGACUUUGCUCGCACAUCACGGUUUCGAGGUAACGAUUUGGCAGCGUGCGGAAACGCCUCCGUGCUCUCCGGUAAAGUUGGAGUCUGUACAAGCAGAGGGAAAAAUGGAACAAAACCACCUGUUCUCUGUGAGGACGGCUGCUCUCUGUUUUCUGCUCUUGUGUCGUUCAGGUCUUUGUCAGGAUAAGACCCACUCACACGCUGAGGAUGACCUCUUCAAGAACCUGUUUGCUGGUUACAAUAAAUGGUCCAGACCUGUGCCAAACAUCUCAGAUGUGGUCAUCGUCAAGUUUGGACUGUCCAUAGCACAGCUUAUUGAUGUGGAUGAGAAGAACCAGAUGAUGACAACCAAUGUGUGGCUUAAACAGGAGUGGUAUGACUACAAACUAAGCUGGAGACCGUCUGACUAUGACAAUGUAACAUCUAUAAGAGUGCCGUCAGAGCUCAUAUGGGUACCAGACAUCGUCCUUUACAACAAUGCUGAUGGGGAGUUUGCUGUGACCCACAUGACCAAAGCUCAUCUUUUCCACACUGGAAAAGUUCGCUGGGUCCCUCCUGCCAUCUACAAGAGCUCCUGCAGCAUCGAUGUCACCUUCUUCCCCUUCGAUCAGCAGAACUGUAAAAUGAAAUUUGGUUCCUGGACGUAUGACAAGGCUAAGAUCGACCUCGAGCGGAUUGAGAACACUGUGGACCUGAACAACUACUGGGAGAGCGGUGAAUGGGCUAUCAUCAACGCUGUGGGAACGUACAAUACAAAGAAAUAUGACUGCUGCCAUGAGAUCUACCCAGAUAUCACCUACUUCUUCAUCAUCAGAAGGCUUCCCUUGUUUUACACCAUCAACCUCAUUAUCCCAUGUUUAUUGAUCUCCUGCCUUACUGUUUUAGUCUUUUAUCUCCCCUCCGACUGCGGUGAGAAGAUCACUCUGUGCAUCUCUGUGCUGCUGUCCCUCACUGUCUUCCUCCUCCUCAUCACAGAAAUCAUCCCAUCCACAUCCCUCGUCAUCCCGCUUAUUGGCGAGUAUCUCCUCUUUACUAUGAUUUUUGUCACUCUGUCCAUUGUCAUCACUGUUUUUGUCCUCAACGUGCACCAUCGCUCUCCAAGCACUCAUAAGAUGCCCCGCUGGGUCCACUCUGUGUUCCUGGACCUGAUCCCGCGCUGGCUAUUCAUGAGGCGGCCCGCGCCAGAUGGCCGCCGUCGCAGGUUGUUGCUGCUCCAGCAGGAAGCAGCGGCUGAGAGGCGGCUUCAAAGUCGGAUAGCUGGGUACAAAUCAGGCAACUGCCUCAGCACCUCAGCGAACUGGUUAAGAGAUGGGACAAUGUCAGAGGACACUGAGAGAAGCAGUUAUGAGGAUUUAGAGCUGGGAACACUGACGUCAUAUUUCUCCUUCAGACCUCCUUCGCCCAGGCCUCCGGGGUCAACUCCUCCACCUCAACAGAAAAACCCUCAGAACAGCCUAAGCCGACAGGAGGGGGCAAACAGACAGAUAACAGGGGCCAGGGUCAACCCUACUCAGAGGCCAGCUAAAGUAGAGAAUGCUGUAUCAGACUCAACUUUCAUGCUUUCACCAAGCGUGAUACGAGCUCUGGAGGGAGUGCACUACAUAGCAGACCAUCUGAGGGCUGAGGAUGCAGACUUCAGCGUGAAAGAGGACUGGAAGUAUGUCGCCAUGGUGAUUGACCGCAUCUUCCUGUGGAUGUUUAUUAUAGUGUGCCUGCUUGGGACCAUUGGUCUCUUCCUACCACCUUGGCUAGCUGGCAUGAUCUAGCUAUCGUUAGGAGAAAAAAAAAGACAUUAUCACCUCUAGUUAGUGAAUUUUGACAUUCAAAAUGUAGCUAAACUGUACUUCCAGACUGGGAAUGUGUGAUUGUUUGUGUAAUGCUUCAUAAAGUCAUCUAUACAUCACUCAAUCUUUUUUCCACAUCUGUAAAAUGAAAUUCACAAG